AUGGUAAGGAUCCGUCAUAUCAUGGAGAUGCGUCGAGCAUGCAAGGCUCCGCCCCUUCUACCGCCGAAACUGAGGAAAGAAGGCUCCGAGAGCACAGAUCGUCGUGAUUCGAAAGAUGUGAUGGAUUUGACAUUCCGAGUGAAUACACUGGCUCCCGAGAGAUAUCCAUCAAGUAGCUUCUACCUUCAUCUCUACGAAAGUCAGGAUUCUCCAGAAGGACCGUGGAAUUUGAUCACAGAAACCGAUCGAUUGGGAACUAAUGACACGGCUGUUUUGGAGGAUUUCUUGGCGAUUGAGUUCAGUUUUGAGAGAUUGCAAUGGUUCAAAAUGGAAAUAUCCGAAUUAUCAGAAAACGGUGUCAAAGUCUUCAAAGUUUCAGAAAUCUUCUCUAUCGCUCAGAUCUGUGCAGGACCGAUCAUCUUUCCGAUGGUUGACCAAUCCGGACACCGUGUGUCUGGAGUGGAAAUUUGGAGUCAAUUACGUGAACGUACUCAACCGAUUGUGAUGCAAUUGGAAGCGAAGAACUUGUCGACGAAACUGGUUUCUUCGAAUUCUAAUUUAAGUGAGAAUGGGAAUUUCGGAAUGGCUCGGUUCAAUUUGGAAAUCCGUUCGAUGGGAGCUGACAAUGUGGAUUUUUGCAUUUGCAGUUGUUCAAUGUUUCUAUCGGUAUUUGAUGACAGAGAAUCAGCAAAGGUCGCCGAAGCUCUCCUCAACCCACUCGGCGAAGAUGACGAUGACUUUGAGUGUAACUGGCUUAUCGACAGAAAUAUCUCAACUGGAAUCGAGAUUAUCGACACGUGUCAUGACUCGUGUCCACCAUUGAAAUUAGAGGAACCGGAUGAUGAGAAGGGAACGAUGUACUGGUGCCAUCCAACAAAAAAUGGGUCUCAAGCCCCCGCCCACUGCAGUUGCAAUCUCUCAACACAAGAAUCCAUUCGCGAAAGUGCUGAAUAUGAUACACCCGACGACACCUGA